CUUUGUGUGACCUGCAGGAUAUGCGCAAGCUGAUCUCAGUAUAUAGCACGUGUAGAUGUAUUCCCUUCCUCUCACUUCUCACUUCAGCAAGAUAAAUCGAUACUUACGGGUGCUACACAUAUAGUCCUUAGUACAAAUUUCCUAUUACUAAACAUUAGCACAUCAUAACUCGCGAAGCUCCUUUUAAACAUUGCAAUGAGAAAUACAAACGUGACUAUUACGGACCUCAUGGGGUACGAUUACUUUCCCAAUAUCAAUGUGAGUGCUACGACUAAACAGCCACUUGUGCAGCCACCAGCACACUCCUCCUUACAUGGGGAUACUUACACAGCUGAGUGCGUCAGUGAUACACAAAAUGGAAGUGUUAAAUUAGCGGAGACGGAUGCAUCGUGUCAAUCGACGACACAAGCGCCCUUCCAAGACGUAGAUGAAGUGAUACGCACCAUGGAUAAAAACUACGGCACUAAGUUCUACGAUUGGAUACGCUCGGAGGCCAAUUUGGAGUGUACGGCUAUGCAUAUACGUAAAAACACGCAUGAUACCGACCUAAAGCGUCUAGCAAACGGUAUCCGUUGGAUAGUGGCGAAUUGGACCAUCGACAAUAUUGCACACCUGCUUCGUAUGGUCACAAAGGGUUGGGUGGCUGAGGAAGAAGCCGAACUCGCGUCGAUUGUGUCUAACGACUGGCCGUUAAAGCCAUAUACAUCUCGCUUGGUUAUGUGCAUAACGUAUGACAUGAAUCUGGAGGAUAUGGUGCGCUAUUUCGGAGUGGUAACGGCAACGUGGUCGACCGACAGUACGCUGGAGCUGGUGACGGAGAUUGCCGACAAGGCUGGGUGGAGCCUCGAUCAGCUCGGGCACUUCAAUAUACGGCUGGCGUGGUAUUUAAAGGAGCAUAGAAGCCUGGAUGACUACGAUUUGAAUAGAAUCUCACUGUUUUGCACGGGAGCCCUUGAUGGCGCAAGUGGCAGUCCACAGCACGGUCAGGAAAUGGCGUGUUCGGCGGCGCUUCCUUCAUAUGCUCCUGAGGGUGAUAAUACGAUUUGCCUAUUGAACGCCAGUAACAACACAGACCACGAUACAGAGAUUUCCAACAGUGAAAGUUUUUGUGAUGACAACAUGGACGUGUGCAACAGUAAUAAUAGUAUUAACGGCUUCGCACAUCAAGCGAACAACGGCCACAACAACGACUUGUUAAUGCCGCAGAGAACACUGCAACACUACACGAGUACGGAGAGCAUCAUGAAUGCUAUGGAAAAUCAACGGGCAACAGUGGCGGAUACGGAGAACGCUGGAAAGGACGCCACGUACACAGCUCACGCAGCAACGAAGGACUGUGACAUGAUGCAGUCAUAGGCCAGUGGAUGGUGGUGAUGUCGUCAUGUAUAUAUUGAAGCAUUGGGAAACGACAAAACUUGUGCAUAAUGCAAGUACAUAUAUUGUAUAUAUGUAUGCACACUCUUAUACCAAAUAUAAAUAUUACUUCUACCUGUUCGUGAACAAGUAUUUGGUAUCGAUGCAUAUCGCGCUGGAUUUCAAGGUGGGGUGAUAGAAGAUGGCGGAAGUGGAGUGCUUCGGUAUGGCCAUGUCUGUGACAAGGUUCGAAGUGAUAUUAUUUUUAUAUAAGAGCUCUGUAAAUAAUAAACCUAACUCGUG